AUGAAACGAUUUUGUUACUUCGUUGCUGGAUUGCUUUUAAUGAUUGCUCAGAGCAGCUGGCAAAGCCCCCUUCAAGAGACAGAAGAGAAAGCCAGAUCAUUCAAAGCUUCCCAGGCUGAACCAUUAGAUGACCCUAGACAGCUGAAUGAAGUUAAACGUCACUCACAAGGUACAUUCACCAGCGAUUACAGCAAGUACUUGGACACCAGACGGGCUCAAGAUUUUGUACAGUGGCUAAUGAACACUAAAAGAAGCGGUAACGGACCUGCCCGGCGUCAUGCCGAAUAUGAAAGACAUGCUGACGGCACCUAUACCAGUGACAUCAGCUCUUACUUGGAAGGUCAAGCUGCUAAGGAGUUCAUUGCUUGGUUAGUGAAUGGGCGAGGAAGAAGAGAUUUCUCAGAAGGACCCCAAACAGGUGAAGAUCUUGGUCGAAGACAUGCAGAUGGCACUUUCACCAGUGAUUACAACAAACUCCUGGAUGACAUAGCUACCCAGGAAUUCUUGAAGUGGCUGAUUAACCAAAAAGUUACCCAGAGGUGCUUGAAUUUUGGCUAAUUUUGGUCAAUACUGUUCUUAAGUAGCCUCCAGCAGGACAGAAAAUUUUCAUUUGUUUCUGUAUUGCUAGUAAUAUUACAAUACUUUAUUAGUACAGUUGGCUAAUAUAGUAUACUUAGUAAUCCCCUUAUGUUAUCCAGAGUCAUGGUUGUGAGAUGGUUGGCAAUAUAAAUUAUUUAAAUACAUUUAAAAAAAAAUAGUAUUCACUCCCAUGUACAUUGUUUUGAAGAGUUGUGGUCAUAGAGGCAGGGGCAUCCAUUGGGGAAGUAAAAAUAAUAAUCAUCUCAAUAUAGUAGCCACAACAGCAUAAUUGAAAUUGCCAUCUUUAUACAUUUUUUGAAAUUCUUCCCCACUGCAAUAUUCCUGAACUGAUGGCUCUUAUUCUUUAAAAAUCCUUUUUUAAGAAGAGCACAGCUAUUCUCCAGAGGCUUCUGUGGAUUCCAUGUGUUUUCUUCUAUCAGUAGCUUCAAGCUACUGUCUGGUUUUUGCAAACCAGCCUUUAAAAAAAAGUGUACAGUACAUUCAAAAACAUUUUUUUCUUAUUUUUGCAUGAAAAGGCUGUAGUAGGAGUUUCUGGCAGGGAAAAAUAAUGAAGAAACCAUUAGGAAUGCUUCUAGAUAUUCUGUGCAUAUUUUAUUUAAUACUUCGGGGUUUUUUUCUCUAUUAAGGUCAGGGUGAACCUAUAUCUCCCACUCCCCAUAUUAUUUUCACAAUAGUCUGUAUAUAGGUUAGGUUGAAAAUUUACAAGUGGUGCAAAGUCACAGCAUUAUUUUCUCACUGAAUGGAAAUUUGGCCUGAAUGGAUAUUUAAUUUCAGAUUUCUAAAAAAUGAUAAUACUGACUUAUCAUUAGGUAGGGGGGGAAAGCACACUUUUUUUUUCAGCCAAGAGAAACAGUUCCUCAUGAUUCAUCAUCCAGGAAAGAUAUAUCACCAAUAGGGGACCAAGACCACCUUCACAUCCAUUUACCAAUCUACAUCCUUACAUGGCAAUAACAUGCAUCCCU